AUUAGGAUAAACUUACCUGAGAGGGCGUUUCCUAUUGUAUUCUGUGGUACGCUCGUUGGAUUCUCACUGGGUAGCUACAGAGGCGGUAGAAUCGCCGGUAAGAAAUUCCUAGCGGAGAACGCUCACAGGGCGCCUAAAACGGUCCAAGGGUGGUACUUCUACAACAAGACGAAGAACUACAGGAUAAUGCAGAGGAGUUUGACUACUGGGUUGCUAGAUGCCUCCAAAAUCGGUGGAAUUGCCCUGGUCUGGGUU